CCAAGCCAAAUGACAAAGAUCUCCUCAGCUGUGCUGCACCAGCCCCAAGCACAGACAGCCCAGGAGAAGAUGGACACGGCUCCUGCCCUGCUCCUGCUGCUCACUCUGGGAUGCUGCUGCCCUGGGAUUUAUGGCCAACCACUUCACGUAAGGGUCAGUUCUCCCAAGGACAUCACUCGGCUGCAGGUGGGACAGAGGCUGGAGCUGGAGUGCCAGACUUACAAGAGCUAUGGGGCAUCCUGGAUCCGCCAGGACAAGCAUGGGACCCUUCACUUCAUUGUCUUCAUCAGCUCCCUGUCCCGGGCCAACUUUGGGGAGAAUCAGGGAGCAGCACAUCGCUUUGAGGCAAGCAAACACAACACACUCUAUCGGUUGGCAGUGAAAUCUUUCUCACCAGAGGAUGAGGGGACCUAUUUCUGCGUGAUGAGUUUGAACCAAAUCCUGCACUUCAGCCCUGGCCAGCGUGCCUUCCUGCCAGUCACCGCCACAGUGGCACCCACCACAUGUGGACCCACCUCCAAGCGUGGCACCACUGAGGAGCCCAACCUCAAGACUCCAGAUCCAGGUAACCUGAAUGGAGGCAGGGAGAGGGGAAGGGCUGCACUCUGCCCCAUUGAUGCCAACGGGGAUCCU